AUGGUAUUGUCAGGAUAUUUGUUUAAUUUUAUAAAGUUUUAUUUACAGGGACUGGCUUAUUGUGGUGGAUCUAUAGUCAAUGAAAGAUGGGUUUUAACAGCCGCUCAUUGUGUUACACAAUUUGAAAAAUAUUUUGAAUAUAAAUUCAAUAAAUCAUUAAUUGAGAUGUUUAUAGGAACCCGACAUUGUAAAGGACGAGGGGGAAUUUCUAGAAAAAUUAAGGAUUACAUCAUCUACCCAACCUUUAAUGGUACAGACUUUAAUAACGAUCUGGCAUUGUUUGAACUUGAUGAACCUGUCACAUUUGGAGAUUUGGUAAUGCCUAUAUGUUUAGAACGGGAAGCUUUUACCAGUGAACUACUGAAAAGUGGUAAAGCCGGGAUAGUAACUGGAUGUGGAAAUAGAUAUGAAAGAGGUCGACCACCAACUUACCUUCAUGAAGUAAGCAUUCCCUAUGUACCAAGAGAACUAUGUACCGAAUCUGCUAAGGCUGUCAAUGCUUCCUUCUCUGAUUAUAUGAUUUGUGCAGGUUAUGCUAGAAGUAUGCAAGGUGAUGCUUGUACCGGUGAUAGUGGAGGGCCAUAUUCUAUGAAGUUUAAUGGACGUUGGAUUCUGGUUGGUAUCGUAUCUUGGGGUGUAGGAUGUGACCGAGAAAAUCAGUAUGGCUAUUACACUCACAUCUCUAAAUAUUAUGAUUGGAUCAUGUCCAUUACAACAAAUCAUCAAAGGGUAUAGUUGGUAUUAUUUACCUGCAUUUUAAAUUCUCUUUAACAAUUAUUUGUUCAUAAGAUCAUAUUUUGAUGAUUCAAUGACAUGGUUUUGAAUCAGAUUUGAUUCCAAAUAUUAAGAAAUUAUAAUUACCUGGCUCUGGAGGUUAGAUGGCUUUGUAUGAUUUCGUAGACGAUAACAAGUUUCAUUUUGAAAUGAUUGAUUUCAGAGUUAAAGAGUUAUAAUGAAAGAUAAUUAUUUUUAUUUAAUAUAUUGAUUAUUUCUAAUGUACAUUAUCUUGUUCUGAUUUUAAUAAAGUACUUUAUAUUUAGUUUAUCUU